UCACUCAGCCAUUGCCAGUCGACCGCGGAGUGGCUCGCUUUCACUUCGUGCGUCGUCGAUAAGUUUCGUUUUUAAUUGUAUCAAGGAUCACGGGACAGCUGGGCUGCUGCUUUGGGACGCCGAGAAGCUAGCAUGGUGUUCGAAUCUUUAGUUGUCGACCUUUUAAACAGGUUUAUAGGUGACUAUGUGGAAAACCUGGACAAGUCCCAGUUAAAGCUUGGCAUUUGGGGAGGUAACGUGGUACUUGAAAAUUUGAAUGUCAAACAAAAUGCUCUGAGUGAAUUUGAUGUACCUUUUAAAGUUAAAGAAGGUCACAUUGGGAAGCUCACAUUAAAGAUUCCAUGGAAGAAACUAUACAGUGAUGCUGUUGUGGCAACUUUAGAUGGACUGUACCUCUUAGUUGUGCCCAGAUCAAAAAUUAAAUAUGAUCCAGAAAAGGAAGAGAAGGACAUUCAAGAGGCUAAGCAGAAAGAACUACUACGUAUUGAAGAGGCCCUGCAAAAAGCCGCAGAAAGAGGUGCUCAGACAGGAGAUGUCCUAUUGCAUCUGGAGAGCUAUGUAUACAAGGAUCUCAAGCGUGGAUAUAAAUCUAAAAAAUAUAAAAAAUCCUCUAAGAAAUUUAAACAUCGUCAAAGUAAGAAAGAAAAUCCAAAUGAGGAAAAGAAAGAUACCUUUACAGAAAAGCUAGUAACACAGAUCGUAAAAAAUCUGCAAAUAACGAUCACCAAUAUUCACAUUAGAUAUGAAGAUGAUGUUUCUGACCCCAAACAUCCUGCCUCUAUUGGGCUUACACUAGGAGAAUUAAGUUUCCUGACGGCAGAUGAAAACUGGAAGCCAUGUAUGUUGAAUGAUACAGCAAAAAUAAUUUACAAGCUUGUUAACCUAGAAUGCCUGUGUGCAUACUGGAAUGUGAACAGUCUACUUUUGUAUCAAAGCUCGAAGGAAGAAAUUCUGAGUCAUCUUAAAACUGGAAUUGCAAAAGGCAAAAUGGUACCAGAGGAUUAUCAUUACAUCUUCAGGCCAAUACUUUCUUCAGCCAAGUUAUACAUCAAUCCUCAUGCUGAAAAUGAGUUGAAAAGUCCAAAAAUAUACUUGGACAUGGAAGUCCAAAACAUAGCUUUUGAGAUUACAAAACCACAGUAUCUCAGUGUGAUAAACAUUCUUGAAUCAGUGGAUUGUAUGGUUAAAAACGCUCCUUACAGAAGAUAUAAACCAGAGGAGCCGCUCCAUCAAAAUGCAAGUAGCUGGUGGAAAUAUGCUAUUAAUAGCAUACUGAAUGUUCAUAUCAGGAAGUACAGACAGAUGUGGUCCUGGAAUUUCAUCAGAUUGCAUCGUCAGACACUCAAGAAGUACAAAUUGGCUUACAAAAAUAAACUAACACAAAGUAAACUAUCAGAAGAAGCAAUAAUGCAGCUUCAGCAUUUUGAAAGUAGACUUGAUGUGUUCAAUAUUAUAUUAGCCAGGCAGCAGGCAAAAGUUGAGUUGAUUAAAUCUGGACAGAAGGUUAUAGGAAAGAAAUCUCCACAGAAAGGAGAAAAGCAGGCAGGUGGAUGGUUUAGUGGUGUUUUUGGCAAGAGAGAUAAGAAACAAACACAAGAAGAUUCAUCAGCACCUCAAGGUAUUGAGGAACUGCUAACUGUAGAAGAAAAGGAAAAACUUUGCAUUGCAAUUGGUUACAGCGAUACCUCACACAAUUUAUUUUUCCCUAAAGAGUAUGUCGCCCAUGUAGUAAUGUUUAAACUGUUGAGUACCUCUGUUACUAUAAGAGAAGAGAAUAAUGUUCCAGAAAUAUUGAAAGUGCAGAUGAUUGAUCUAAGUACAAGAAUUUCACAACGUCCAGGAGCUCAAGCAGUAAAAAUGGAGGUGAAAUUAGGCAAAUGGCAUGUAACAGGGCUGAAACAGCAGGGUGUCAUUCCAUCAAUCAUCUCUUCUGUUGGAGAUACUACAUCAUCUUUGCUUAGUAUUGUGUUUGAAACCAACCCAGAAAACAGCACUGCUGACCAGUUACUGCUCGUCAGGUCACAGCCUGUUGAAAUCAUCUAUGAUGCAAAAACAGUAAUUGGAUUGACUGAAUUUUAUCAAACUGAGAAAAAAGUAAUUCUCGAGACAAUAGCUUCAGCAACAUUGAUGAAGCUGGAAAAAAUCAAGGAGAGGACUGCAUCAGGUUUAACUUACAUUAUUGACACCCACAAAGUUCUUGACCUUAAGAUAAGUUUAAGUCCAUCAUAUUUGAUUGUGCCUCAAACUGGAUUUUAUGCUAAGGAAUCAAACUUGAUGAUCAUAGAUUUUGGCUGUUUGCAGUUCAACAGCUUAAAUCAAGGUACUUGGCAGCCUCUGUCACCUGCCCUGUCCCCAAUUGAAGAAAUCCUAGACAGAGCUUAUGAAAAGUUUAACUUAGAGCUUCAGAAUGUCCAGCUUCUAUACAGCAAGUCAGGGGAAAACUGGAAACAUGCCCGGACUCAAAGAUCAUGCAGACAACACAUUCUUCAGCCUAUGAAUAUCAACAUACAAUUGGCCAAAGCUAUGAUUGACAAGGAUGUGAGAAUGGCCAAGUUUAAAAUAUCUGGAGAAUUACCUGUGGUUCAUAUCAAAGUUUCAGACCAAAAAAUAAAGGAGAUGAUAGAGCAUUUCAACAGCAUUCCUUUACCGUUGACCACCUCCACACCUCUUGUGAAAAUUGCCAAAAAGGGUCAGCCAAUUUCAUUAGGUAAACCAAGGCACACUCUGCUUUUUGAAAAUACUGUGUUCCUGGAAUCUGACAAUUCACUUCCUUCAGAAUCUGGAUCUGAAGAAGAGCCGUCUGUAAAAGUUGAAACUAAAGAGACUUCAGCAAAGACUGUAAACGAAACUGAAUUUUCUUCUGAAGAAAUUACUGACCUUCAUCUCAGUUUUGAAAUUAAAGAGGUUUUGGUUGAACUCACAAGACAAGAUGUACAAGAGAAUACAUUUCUGGGUUUUAACAUCGUCCAGUUGGGAACCGAAGUUAAAGUUAGAACUUAUGAUCUGACAGUUUCCUCGUAUCUGAAGAAAAUCAGUCUGUAUUAUAAUGAAUCAGGAGGGCCACAGCAUCAGUGUCUUCAACUAAUUACCUCUUCAGACAAAGCUGGUUCUGAUCUUCUGAAAAUAGAUUAUGUUAAGGCUGAUGUCAAUGGUCCAAACUUUAAUACAGUGUUCAGUAAUACAGAGCAAACAGUGAAGGUGGUUUUCUCAUCUUUAGAUAUACUUCUGCAUACACAGGCUCUGCUUUCCACUGUUAAUUUUCUGUCUUCAUUGGUUCCUUCAUCUGAACCCAAAUCAUAUGAAAAGGAUCCAAUGCCUGAAAAGGCAAGAAAGGAAACUGCUUCUAAAACAGUUGCAAAGAGCUGCAAAGGCAAUGACGUAAUUAAUAUGAAGAUUUUUUCUAAAUUUGAUUUUUUCCAUGCUGUUGUGUGUGAUGAUAAGAAAAAUAUAGCCGAUAUCCAGAUUCAAGGUAUAGAUGCUUAUGUUGUAAUUAAAAAUAAAGAGUCACAAGUGUUUGCUAGGCUCAGAGACAUCAUUGUUAUUGAUGUUGCUUCAAGCAAAUUGCACAGAAAGGCUGUCUCCAUUGUAGGAGAUGAAGUCUUCAGUUUCAGUAUGACUCUUUAUCCAGAUGCUACAGCAGGUGAUGCUUACACUGACAUAUCAAAGGUAGAUGGGAAGGUGACAUUGAAUGUUGGAUGCAUUCAGAUUUUGUAUUUGCACAAAUUUGUGAUGUCACUUUUAACUUUUGUUGACAAUUUUCAAUCGGCAAAAGAAGCAUUAAGUGCUGCUACGGCUACAGCUGCAGAAAUGGCUGCUUCCAGUGUCAUAGAUUUUGCAAAGAAAAGCUAUCGUCUCUCUAUGGAUGUCAAGCUCAAAGCUCCUGUGAUUAUUAUACCACAGUCCUCUGUUUCCCUAAAUGCGAUAGUAGCUGACCUUGGACUGAUCACUGUUAAGAACCACUUCCAUUUAAUAACUGCUACAGAUUGCCCAGUACCACCAGUUAUGGAUAAAAUGGAAAUAAAGCUAACCAAGCUGAAGUUAUCCAGAACAGUUUUAGAUGAUAAAUCUCAUCUGCCUAGUGUUGAAAUCCUGCAACCUGUAAACUUGGAUCUUGUAGUAAAUCGAAAUCUGUCAUCUGCGUGGUACAGCAAAAUCCCUGGCAUUGAAUUAAAAGGCGAAUUAAAAAGUUUGAACGUGGUGUUACGUCAAGAAGAUUUUAGAUUGCUGAUAAAUAUACUGGUUGAAAAUAUUGGAGAAGGUAGCAAGAAUGUACAGGAGGAAAACCAGGCCAAGGAAGCAUUUGAAGAAAAUCAAGUUCUUCAGUCACAAAAAACUGUUGCUGCAGUGGCUAAUGAAACAAGGAAUGUUUUGAUGAAUGAAAUCGCAAGUGGCACUGAAGACGUUGCCAAUAUUACCUUGAGUUUUGUGAUUCAGGAGGUGGUCCUUCAGUUUAUAAAGGUUCUUGAAGAAAGGGAGUCUCCUUUUCUUAUGUUACACAUUUUACAGCUUGGGACAGAAUUUACAACUGCAAGGCAUACCAUGAAGGCUGCUGCUUACUUAAAGAAAGUGAACAUGGUGAACUAUGAGUUCACAGAUUCGAAAGGCCAACCUCUUCAAAUUAUCAGUUCGUCUGAUAUGCAUGGAGAAGAUCUUCUACAGGUGGAAUACAUUAAGGCUGACAAGAAUGGUCCCAAUUUUAAAACACAGCACCAAAGUACAGAACAGACUAUUAGUGUAACUUUUACAUCUCUUGAUCUUCUUCUGCACACUCAAGUUCUGCUUUCCAGUAUUCAUUUCAUAAAUGAAUCCAUGUCUUCAACAAGUUUUGCCACAGAUAAAGCACAUGAAGUAAGAAUACAGUCGGGAAAGGAAAAGAAAUCUUUCACACCAAAACCAACGUAUAUGAAGUCAACAAGUGAUGAAGAUAUUAUUGACCUUCGAGUAACAGCCAAAUUAGGUGCUUUUAAUGUGUUUGUGUGCGAUGCAAAUAGUGACAUUUCUGAUAUAAAGGUUCAAGGUAUGGAUGCCUCACUAAUUCUGCAGUCUUCUCAAACUGAAGUUUUUACUCGCCUUAGAGACAUUAAAAUUAUUGAUGUUGAUCCUAACACUAUACAUAAAGAGAUUGUCUCUAUUGUUGGAGAUGAAGUUUUCAGUUUUAAAAUGGUGUUGUAUCCCUUUGCUGAUGAAGAAGAUGACUAUAUUGAUGCUGAAAAUGGCAAUGGAAGCCUUACUCUUAGAGUUGGCUGCAUUCAGAUUGUAUAUCUUCACAAGUUUCUUGUAUGUUUUUGGAAAUUUAUUGACAAUUUUCAAGAUGCAAAGAAGGCACUGAGUGCUGCCACGGCCCAAGCAGCAGAAAAGGCUGCCUCCAGUGUCAAAGAUUUUGCUCAGAACAGCUUUCAUAUGACCAUGGACAUCAACAUAAAAGCACCAGUGAUCCUCAUCCCUCAGUCUUCUAUAUCACACAAUGCAGUAGAGGUAGAUCUUGGGCGUUUAACUUUGCAGAACCAGUUUUACUUUAUCCCAGAGGAAAAUUGUCCAUUACCUCCAAAGAUUGACAAAAUGAAUAUUGAACUUGCACAACUAAAGUUAUCAAGAUUAUUAAUGAGGGAAAAUUCUGCUCAUCCUAACAUUGAGUUAUUGGAACCAGUGAACAUGAUUCUGUCCGUUGAAAGAAACCUUUCUGCAUCAUGGUAUCAUGCAAUCCCUUCUAUGGAAAUAACUGGAGAUCUUAAACCUUUAAAGGUAGUAAUAAGUCAAGAUGACCUUGCUCUUCUUUUGAGAAUAUUUUUGGAAAAUUUAUCUGAAGGAACAUCUCAACAAGAAACUAAGGAGACUGUUUUAACCACUUCACAAGCACAAAGAGCUCAAAAAGUGUUGGCUUUGCCUAAAGAUUUGACAGAAAUUGAAAAUGAAGAGUCAACUGAGCAAUUAAUAAAAGAGACUGAAACCCUCAAGUUCAGUUUUAACUUUGAAUCACUUUCCAUUGUCCUUCUCAAUAACCAUCCAACAGAGUUACAGAAUGCCCAACGUCAUGAUAGUCUGCUUCUUGCAGAGUUUGGAUUGUGUUUAGUGACUAUGUCUGGAAAAAUGUUAGAAAGUGGUUAUUUGGAAUUAUCUGCAAAACUAAUGGCUUGCACUCUGGAUGAUAUGAGGCUGGGUUUCCAGAGAGUUACUUCCAGGAUGAUUGACAAGAAAAAAGACAUUGGGACAAAUGCCAUGAUUGACAUGAAGUAUUUUAAGAGCAAGAAAGAGAGUUCUUUAUUGGCAGUUUUACAAAAGCCAUAUGUCUGUGCCAGCAUUGAAUUUCUGCAGACUGUGGCUGAUUUCUUCAAUAAAGCAAUUCCACAGAGUCCUUUGACAGUACCAGAUAAAUCCAAUCAGCUACAAAUGAAGCAGGUUCCAUCUGCUAAGGGAACAUCUGGAACAGCCAUGUCAGGUCCAAGCAUAAAAGUUAAAGCAUUAAUUACUGACCCUGAGAUUGUAUUUGUGGCAAAUCUGAUGAAGGCAGAUGCACCUGCUCUGUCUGUGUCAUUCACAUGUGAUUUUGAAAUGGUCAGUGAAGAAGGAUCUCAGACAGUAAAAACAACUUUAAAGGAUCUUCGAGUGCUUGCUUGUCCUUUCAUUCGAAAUGAGAGUGAUAAAGCAAUCACCACAAUAUUAAAACCAUGUUGUUUAAGUUUAGAAACAAAAUUACUUCCAUCUAAGCCACUAAGUGCAGCUGUUACUGUAGAAGAAGUCAUCAUUAAGAUCUCCCCUGUCAUUAUUAAUACAUUAAUGACAAUCAUGGCUGCUAUGUCAACACAGCCUAAAUCCGAAGACAAUCAAGAAAACAUAAGUGAUGUCAGUACACUCUGGGCCAAAAAAAAUGUUCAGCAGUGCAACUAUUGGUUUCUUGGAGUAGACACAGCCAGAGAAGUGACAGAACAACUUACUGAUUUGGAAGCCCCUUCUUCAGGUGAAAACUUUUCUGUUGACAUUAAGGUUAUUCAGGUUACCUUGGAGUCAGGUCUUGGGCAUCGCACUGCACCUUUGCUGCUUGCUGAGUCUUCCUUUAAUGGAGCAGCUAAAAACUGGACAUCACUGUUUCAUGUUUCUACAGACAUGACUUUAGAGGUUCAUUAUUACAAUGAAUCUAGAGCAGUGUGGGAACCUUUUAUAGAAAGGAUUGACAGUGGGAAAAAGCGAUGGAAUUUAAAGCUUGAGAUGAAGAAUAAUCCAAUUCAAGAUAAAAAUCCAGUACCCGGAGAUGAUUUUGUUCUGCUUCCUGAACCAAAAACCUCAAUUAACAUCUGUUCAAAAGACACACUAAAUGUAACUGUUUCUAAGUGCACCCUUGCUGUGUUUACAAAUCUUGCAAAGGCAUUUUCUGAAGGAACUUCUUCAUCAUUUAACAGUUUAUUGAAAGAGAAAGCUCCCUAUACUAUCAAAAAUUCUCUUGGAAUUCCAUUAAUCGUCAGACACAGUCACAAUCUAAAAUCCAUUAAUUCAGAUGAAAAUGUUCAAAAUAUUCCAGAAGGGCAGAGCUUGGAGUUGGACUAUUCAAAUUCUGAGCCUUCUCGCCGAGGAAGACUCUCUGCACUUCAGCGCCAGGAAAGCAACCUCUUUACAAUCAUUAUUUUUCCUUGUGGUUACAGUGAAAUUGCAGAUAUUCCUAUUAUAAAACCCAGCCGACGGCUAUAUAAUGUCCGUUGCUCAGAUAUGGGAAGAUCGGUCUCUGUGUUAACACAGAUUGAUGCAGUUGAUGGUUGUAAGAUGAUAACAGUUCGUUCCCCACUUCAGAUAAAGAAUCAUUUUUCUAUUACUUUUGCUAUAUUAAAAUUUUCUGUGAAGACAAAUUCAAUGGAUUUAGUUGGUGAAGCUGAGCCUGAAAAAGAGUUUCAUGUACCAUUGGAUUCUUACAGAUGUCACCUCUUUCUAAAGCCAGCAGGAUGUCUGAAAGAGCAUUUUCAAAUAUCUACUUCCUAUAUAACAUGGAAGGAAGAGUUGCGCCGUAGUACUGUAAUAAGGGGUGUAUUAGAUUGCCCAUCUUCUGAGGUCAGUUUUCUUCCACUGCGAGUAAACACUUAUGCUUGUCCUGAUCAGCUAAACUUUAUUUCUUGUCAAGAAAAUGAUGACUGGGACCCAGCUUACAUCAUUCACCUCCAUCCCACUUUGAAAAUUCGAAACCUUCUACCUUAUUCAAUUUGCUACUUGCUUGAGGGAUCAGCGGAAACUUACGAACUUGCAGAAGGCUGCUCCGCUGAUGUUCUUAAUGCUCAAGUUGGAGGGGAAAUUACGGAGUUAGUCUUGUUGAAAUACCAAGGUAGAAACUGGCAUGGUCAUGUAAAAAUCCAACAAGGACUUCCAGAGUUUUUUCUUGUAUGCUUUACAUGUGACUCAAUGGAAAAACUAACAGUAGAUUUGAGUAUCCAUGUUGAGGAAACUCAAGAAUGUCUUAUUCUGUCUGUGUUCAGCCCCUACUGGAUAAUUAACAAAACAUCCAGGGUUUUACAGUAUCGAGCUGAAGAUAUUCAUGUAAAGCAUCCUUCAGAUUUUCGAGAUGUCAUUCUGUUCUCCUUCAAAAAGAAGAAUAUUUUCAGUCAAAAUAAGGUUCAGCUGCGUGUUUCAACUAGCUCUUGGUCAAGCAGCUUUUCUAUGGACACUGUUGGAAGCUAUGGUUGUGUGAAAUGCCCAGCUGAUAACAUGGAAUAUUUGGUUGGAGUGGGCAUUCAAAUGAGUAGUUUUAACUUAACCAGAAUUGUGACAUUGAGCCCUUUCUAUACUCUGGUAAACAAGUCUUCCUAUGAACUUGAAAUUGGAGAAUUACAGAUGACGACAUCCAUGACUGAAAAAUGGCACUACAUUGCAGCAUCUGAGUGUCUUCCAUUUUGGCCAGAGACUUCAGCAGGCAGACUUUGUGUUAGAGUUGUGGGCUCCGAAACCUCUUCUAAAUCCUUUGAAUACAACAAACAGGAUAAUGGCACCUUGUUACGAAUGGAUAUGUGUGGCGGAAUUAUAGUUGAUGUCAACAUUACAGACCAUGCAAAUAUGAUAACAUUAUCAGACUACUAUGAUGGGGCAGCCCCUGCUCUCAUUAUAAACCACACCUCAAUGUUAACUUUAAAAUACAAGCAAAGUGGAGUUGUUGAAGAAGAAGAAUUGCAACCAGGAGAAGUUCAGUUUUUUACUUGGACCAACCCUGCUGCCGCCAGAAAACUAUCCUGGCACUGCCCUGUGCAGUCUGGAGAGCUUAAUUUGAUAAAGGAUGAAUGUGGGCAAUUUUCUUAUAAUCAGGCUACUCAGAUUCACUGGGUCACCUUUUUAGAUGGACGCCAGAGAGUCCUCCUUUUCACAGAAGAUGUUGCCAUUGUUAGUAAAGCAAGACAAGCAGAAGAGUUGGAGCAGUUUGAAAAAGAGAUAUGCAUUUCUCUUCAAAAUGUAGGACUUUCUCUAGUCAACAAUGAAAACAAACAAGAAAUCUCUUAUGUUGGAGUGACCAGCUCUGGAGUUGUUUGGGAGAUGAAAUCUAAGAAUCGAUGGAAAUCAUUUAAUCAGAAAAAUAUACAUCUGUUAGAACAAGCCUAUCAAAAACAUGUUUCUGAAAAAAACAGCAGCGAGAGCAGUUGGAUAAAAGUGGGAAACAAUUUUGAGGUAAAUUUUGACAGAAUUCCCAUGGAGAUGCGCAGUCCAGUUUCAUGCAGUAUUCGUCGAAAUUUUCUCUCUGGAAUUCAGAUGGAGUUUAAACAGUCACAACACCAAAGAAGCUUGCGAGCUCAGCUGUACUGGCUUCAGGUGGAUAACCAAAUGUGUGGAGCUAUUUUUCCAAUUGUAUUUCAUCCUGUGCCUCCCCCAAAAUCAAUUGCUUUAGAUUCAGAACCAAAGCCAUUUAUUGAUGUUAGCAUUAUUAUUCGUUUUAAUGAGCACAGUCAAGUAAUGCAGUUUAAGUACUUUAUGGCCCUUAUUCAAGAAAUGGCGUUGAAGGUUGAUCAAGGAUUUCUGGGGGCCAUUUCUGAAUUGUUAUCUUCAACAGUAGAUCCACAAGCUGCAAAACAAAAGACAAAGUUAAUAGAGCAGGAUCUUGACUCUCUAAAAGCUGAACUAAUUGAAACUUCAGUAAAGGACUCUUCAAGACUUAACUUUUUUGAACAUUUUCACAUCUCUCCUGUUAAGCUUCACUUAAGCCUGUCACUUGGUUCUGGAGGUCAAGAUUCUGAGAAGCAGGACAUGGUGGUUGUUCGGUCAAUAAAUCUGUUGCUGAAAAGUAUAGGAGCAACUUUAACAGAUGUUGAUGACCUUAUCUUCAAGCUCGCCUUUUUUCAAGUGAAAUACCAGUUCUAUAGAAACGACCAACUAAUGUGGACUGUGGUUCGACAUUAUAGAGCACAAUUUCUGAAACAAAUGUAUGUACUUGUACUUGGUCUGGAUGUUCUGGGCAACCCUUUUGGAUUGAUAAGAGGACUUACUGAGGGAGUAGAGGCCUUCUUCUAUGAACCCUUUCAGGGAGCAGUGCAAGGUCCUGAGGAGUUUGCGGAGGGUUUUGCAAUUGGAGUUAGAAGCCUUCUUGGCCAUACUGUAGGGGGUGCAGCAGGUGUUGUAUCUCGAAUCACAGGCUCUGUUGGCAAAGGACUUGCAGCAAUCACUAUGGAUAAAGAAUAUCAACAUAAACGGAGGGAGGACAUGAAUAGACAACCGAAAGAUUUUGGAGAUAGCUUGGCCAGAGGAGGAAAAGGCUUAAUCCGGGGUGUUGUUGGUGGAGUCACAGGGAUAAUUACAAAACCUGUGGAAGGUGCUAAAAAGGAAGGAGCAGCUGGAUUCUUUAAAGGAAUUGGUAAGGGACUGGUGGGAGUCGUGGCUCGGCCGACUGGUGGCAUAAUUGAUAUGGCCAGUAGCACAUUCCAGGGAAUACAGAGAGUUGCUGAAUCAACAGAAGAUGUGUAUAGAAUACGCCCUCCUCGAGUGAUUCAUGAAGAUGGAAUAAUUAGACCAUAUGAUCAAGAUGAAGCAGAAGGAUGUGAUUUGUUCGAGAAAUCUGAAAUAAAGAAAUUAGAAGAUGAGAUAUUUCAUAGUCAUUAUGGAUUGCCAGGCAGCAAAAACACAAAUAUAAUUGUAACAAACAGGAGAGUAAUGUGUAUAAAAGAAAUAGAGUUUGUUGGACAUUUCACCAAAGACUGGGAAUGUAUGUUUGAAAAUUUUACCCGUCCUUCUUCUGUCGAUGGGAAUACUCUGAAACUGUACAGUAAGGAUCAAGGAACAUUGAUAUUUCAAAAGAAAGAUGAAAAUCAAGAAAGAGUUAGAAAUAUCGUCCUUCAAGAUGAGAAGAUUGCCAUGAAAAUGUUUAUUGCAAUAGAAGAUUCCAGGACAUCAAGACAGCAGCAAAGACUGAUGAGGCAGAAGUCCAGCCGUUUUUUAAGUCCGAUGUUAGUGCCUUAAGAUAACUUGCCUUUAGAAACGAAACAAUCUGAUUGAUUUUUGUGGCACAGUUCAAAGAUUUUAUUUGUUGAAUAUCUGUGUAAAAUACAACAAUUGGGACCUCUGUCUAAUUUUACAGUCUCAAUAGAAUAUGUAACAGUGGUCGACGGUUUGAGAACUUAUACUAAAAUGAUAAUUAAGACAUUUGGUGUGAUUUUUAUUGAUACAGCAUGUACUUUUUCUUCAUUUUGUAGCCAGACUUCUCUAGCAUCACUAGACUGUCCUCAAAAUCAAAAAUGUGCCGUAUAUCAAAUCAUGGUAUGGUUACUUAAAUGCACUUUUAGUAUUUUAUAAAACACAGGUCUUCAAUAUUGCAUGUGAGGUGGUCCAGCUAAUCAGUUCAUGUUAUUGUUUCCAGGAUAUAAAAUGGUAACCUUAUCAAAACCAGCAUAUUAAAUUAAUUUUUAUUAAAGUAUGGUUGUUCAUCAUAAUGCUUACUGGUGAGAAAACAUAAAGCCAUUUAUUAAAACAGAUUAAUACUGAUGUCAUGCAUUAUUGAUUUAAGCAUUAGUAUUCAAAUAAUGCAAAUAAAACUUUUGCAAAAUACAGUUUUUU